AUGCCACCACCACAAUCACGAAUCACUUCAGGUACCAGUUUGGAAGGUUUAUUGAGACCAUCAGUUCCUGAAGAUCUAGAAUAUGUUUCACCAUCAUCAUUAACUAAAAAUGAAAGACCAAGUGACAUUAAGAGACAACAGAUUCUUUUAAAUACUCUGGAAAAUAAAGACUAUAUGAUCAUUCAAGCAUUAUAUCGUAAAGAUAAUCAUAUGAUUUUGGAUAAUACUAAAGAUGAAGAUCCUAAUAAUACGAUUAAUAUGAAGAGUAUUGGUGAUUCAUUUGACAAGAAUCAAAGUAUUGCAAGAGCUAGACAUAGAAUGUUGAUGAAAAUUGCCGGUAGAGAAACUGAAUGA